GAGGAGGAGGGCGGGAAGAAAGGACGGAGGGAGGGGCGACCCACUUCCUGAAUCGCCUGCAAACCCGGAGCGUGAGAUCAGUCUGUGCUGCGCCGCGAUGUCGGGGUCGGCCAGGAGCCUGGCGAAGGGAAGCGCGCCCCCGGGACCCGUCCCUGAGGGUCUGAUCCGCGUCUACAGCAUGAGGUUCUGCCCGUACGCCCAGAGGACACUCCUGGUUCUGACGGCCAAGGGAAUCAGGCAUGAAAUCAUCAACAUCAACCUGAAAAGUAAGCCUGAGUGGUUCUUCAAGAAGAAUCCCUUUGGCCUGGUGCCAGUUCUGGAAAACAGUCAGGGUCAACUGAUCUACGAAUCUGCCAUCACCUGUGAGUACCUGGAUGAUGUAUAUCCAGGAAAGAAGCUAUUGCCAGAUGACCCCUAUGAGAAAGCUCGUCAGAAGAUGGUGUUUGAGUUAUUUUCUAAGGUCCCAUCUUUGGUAACAAGCCUUUUGAGAAAACAGAAUGAGGAAGACUGCUCUGGCCAAAAAGAAGAAUUGCGGAAAGAAAUCAGCAAGCUAGAGGAGGUUCUUACCAAUAAGAAGACAACCUUCUUUGGUGGCAAUUCUCUUUCUAUGAUUGAUUACCUCAUCUGGCCCUGGUUUGAACGAAUGGAAAUUCUGGAGUUAAAUGAUUGUGUAGACCACACUCCAAAACUUCAGCUCUGGAUGGCAGCCAUGAGGAAAGAUCCUGCGGUAUCAGCCCUCCUCAUGGAGCCCAAGGCCCUUCGAGGUUUCCUCAACCUCUACUUGCAGAACAGCCCCGAGGCCUGUGACUAUGGGCUCUGAUGGGGGCAAGAGUUGGCAGGGAAGAAAUGUCUGAUAUUUUCCUUCACUAAUAUGAAUAAAAUAAGCUUUAAUUUUA